AUGCGUAUUUCAGUUUUGCUAGUUCCUAUAUUCUUAUAUUUUAUUUGUGCAAUAAAAUGUUUCACAAUUAAUAAAAAACCACCAUUAUACAAAAGCUUUUUAAUCGGUUUAUCCUUAAAAACAAAAAAACAAAAUUCAGAAACAAACAUACCAACACGCGCCAAACGCAAGGAUCGUAGACGCGUAAAAAAUGAAAUAUUACAACAAUUAAUAGAUGAACAUGUUGCAAAUAAAAAUGUCGAAAAAGAUGAAGAUACAAAGAGAGGAAUAAUAAAUAACUUAGAUGUUGAUAAAGAAAUAUUAGAAGGAAAAAGAAUACCAAGAAUGCGAAUAAAAAACACAAAUAAUCAUAUAUAUGCAUCUAUUAUAGAUGAUUAUAAAAAACAUAUAUUAUGCUUUAUUUGUUCUAGAGAUCCUAAUUUAUCAAGCAUACUAGGAACUUAUAUUAAUAAGAAAACGAAUAGAAUAAUAAAUGAUGGAAAAAGUAUAAAAUCUGCAUGGGAAAUUGGAAAAAUUAUUGGAAAAAAAGCAUUAAAUAAAGGAAUAUAUCGAGUAAAAUUUGAUCGAGGAAUAUAUAAAUAUGAAGGUAAAGUUGAAGCAUUAGCUGAGGGAGCAAGAGCUAUUGGUCUUAUUUUAUAG